AGUGAAGCCGCCGCGUUGAGACCGCGCCGCGCCCCGCGGGCAGGAGCGGAAGUGCCCGCGCUGUCAGCAGCACCGGGAGCGGGCAGCGAGCCCCGGCCUGAGCAGAGAGAGCGUUCACCGCCGUCACGCCUUCUCCUCAGCUCCGCGGGGCUUGCAUGACGCUUGGGCGAUGAACGCAGCCAGAAGUGGCUACCGGGUCUUCUCGGCCAACUCCACGGCAGCCUCCACGGAGCUGGCGAAGCGGAUCACGGAGCGUCUCGGUGCUGAGCUGGGGAAGUCUGUGGUGUACCAGGAAACCAAUGGAGAAACAAGAGUUGAAAUAAAGGAAUCUGUGCGGGGACAGGACAUCUUCAUCAUACAGACAAUCCCCAGAGAUGUGAACACUGCUGUCAUGGAGCUGUUGAUCAUGGCGUAUGCACUGAAGACUUCCUGUGCCAGGAACAUCAUUGGGGUCAUCCCUUACUUCCCCUACAGCAAACAGAGCAAGAUGAGGAAGAGGGGCUCUAUAGUCUGCAAGCUGCUGGCUUCCAUGCUGGCCAAGGCAGGUUUAACACACAUUAUCACAAUGGACCUUCAUCAAAAGGAAAUUCAAGGCUUCUUCAGCUUCCCAGUAGACAACCUGAGAGCAUCCCCUUUCUUGCUUCAAUAUAUACAGGAAGAAAUUCCAGACUACAGAAAUGCAGUUAUUGUAGCCAAAUCUCCUGAUGCAGCUAAAAGGGCUCAGUCCUAUGCUGAGAGGCUGCGGCUGGGACUGGCAGUGAUCCACGGGGAGGCUCAGUGCACAGAGCAGGACAUGGAUGAUGGACGUCACUCCCCUCCCAUGGUCAAAAAUGCAACAGUGCACCCUGGCCUGGAGCUGCCGUUGAUGAUGGCCAAGGAGAAACCACCAAUAACUGUGGUUGGAGAUGUUGGAGGAAGAAUUGCCAUCAUUGUGGAUGAUAUCAUUGAUGAUGUGGAAAGCUUUGUUGCUGCUGCAGAGAUCCUGAAAGAACGUGGAGCCUACAAGAUCUUUGUGAUGGCGACUCAUGGGCUCCUGUCAGCAGAUGCCCCCCGUCUCAUCGAGGAAUCCUCCAUCGAUGAGGUGGUAGUAACCAACACAGUUCCUCACGAGGUCCAGAAGCUGCAGUGCCCCAAGAUAAAGACUGUGGAUAUCAGUUUGAUUCUCUCUGAAGCCAUCCGACGAAUCCACAAUGGAGAGUCCAUGGCUUACCUCUUCCGCAACAUCACUGUUGACGACUAGACCUGGUGCUCCCCCUGGCCUGGCUUCCACAAGAGAAGGAAACGUGUGUGAGAAGGCAUCAGUUAUGGGCAGAAGACAACUUUAUUCUUGUAGGAGCAUGAAGGUUUUCAGUCAGGGGCUGGAGCCGUUACAUUCUGUGAGCUUUGGGUCAUUCUUGUUCUGCAGGGGCAAAGCACAUGGGGGUCUUGGUCCUUGCUUGAACACUGCACUGCAACUGCAGGCACUGUUCCUGGAGCUGCAUGGGGCUGCUGAGUUGUGGCAGAGUCUCGUGGGGACAGGGAGUGCAGCUCUGCUCUCCAAAACACUUAACACUGACCCUGCUACCAAAGCAGAGGGUGUUCAAAUUUGGUGCCUCCUGUGCAGCUCGUCCCCUCUGAACAGCUGCUAUGCCUGGCCUGUGGGGCUGUUGCUGUAAGCAGGCUCACGUGGCAGCUUGCAGCCCCUUCCACAGGGAAGCAGGACUCACAGCUUGUUCCUUUCUUGUGUGACGCUAAUCCUUGGCUGGAGGGGACACUUGAGAAGGCAGCACAAGGGGCUUGUGAAGGGCCUUGUCUCCAGGAUGACGGAAGAAUAAAUUCCCUAACUGUGAUCUUCCCCUUGCUGAGGCAGACAAACAC